GAAUAGGAGCCAAAGGAGUCGACUCGUAUCGAUAAGAGUCAAAUGGUGUGACUUCUAAUUUAAUCAGCAAGCAGAUUGUAUUGUCAUUGUUGAGGAAAGAAAGAGGCAACGAUACACAUCCUGAUGCCAGUGCCAGUUUUAAUGUCUGACUAGGGCGUGGCAGCUGAAAGAAAGAUGGAGGGAGAAUGAGACAAGCAAACAGACAGCGCAAGCAGUGAACGGGAGGAAGGAGUAAGAAGAUAUUGAGGGGAAAAAUUCGAGACAAUGGACACAAACAGACAAACACGGCGGAAGAGAACGAUGCAUGGCGGAAGGUUCUGGAUCGGUGUCUUUGGCUGAGAUGGAGACGGCAUUCAAGAAGUUUGCUGUGCACGGAGACACCAAAGCUACAGGGAAGGAGAUGACCGGGAAGAACUUUGCCAAGCUGUGCAAGGACUGCAAGGUGAUUGACGGGAAGGGUGUCACCACCACCGACGUGGACAUCGUCUUCAGCAAAGUCAAAGCCAAGUCGGCACGUGUGAUUACCUUCGAGCAGUUUAACCAGGCUCUGGUGGAGUUGGCUCCAAAGCGCUUUAAAGGGAAAAGUCAGGAAGAGGCCCUGCAGCUCCUUUAUGGCCUCAUCGCAGGCAAAGAGCCUGCUAACGUGGGCGUGACGAAAGCGGUGAAGGCGGGAGCCACGGACCGUUUGACGGACAGCAGUAAAUACACCGGAUCUCAUAAGGAACGCUUUGAUGAUACGGGAAAGGGGAAAGGCAAAGCAGGAAGACAGGACAUCCCCGAUUCCAGCGGCUAUGUUAGUGCAUACAAAGGCCAGGGCACUUACGAGGACAAAGUGAAAGAAGGAGAAUGAGAAGAGAGGACGGUCGCCGGGUUCUGAUCAUCCUUAAGCAUGUAUUACUGUGUAUCAUGGACGCUGUAUAUCUGCUUCACACAUAAAUGGACAAGCUAAACCGAACAAACGGCACUAACAUGAACAGUUACGACUCUUACACGGGAGCUUCCAGCACAUCCGGUCCUCUCUAUUAACACUUCAGCGACCUUCUCUAACUUCUCACAUUCCAGCAGCGUCUCGUUCCAACAGAUGCUUUUUUCUCUCGCUUUGCUAAUUUUAGUGCCUUGUAGCGUUCAUCACUAACACUGUAGCUUUGUUCUGCUGUGAGAACUUCUGUAGUUUCCGGCCUCCAGUAAAACCGACGUGAUUAGUUUUUAAACUAAUAAUCUGUAAUAAUCUGUAAUAAUCUGUAAUAAUCUGUAACCACAUAGAAAGUUAAUCUCAGUGGUAGAAGUUUCUAAGUGAGAUGCAAAGAUCUCACAGACGGUAAAGAGAAAGUAAAUGUUCUCCGCUUGCAAGAUUUCUGCUGUUGUUUCAGCUUUCCGCCUUUCAUCUUCUGUCUGUAUCUGUUAUGUAACAUCGAAUAUUCCCAAAUAAAAUAUAUCCUCAAAAUAAAACCA